AUGACAGAAUCCCUGGUGUAUGCAUUUAAUCACUUUGCGGAUAACUUCCAGGGGAGUGGCCUGCGGGAGUGGAUGCGUGAACACACGGAGGUGCCUGUUCUGGCGGUAGUCCUCUACCUCGCGCUGGUCCUUUACGUGCCGGACUCUUUCAUGGCCCAUCGCCCGGCAAUGAACCUGCGCGUUUGGAAUAUUCUCUGGAAUCUCUUCUUAACACUCUUCUCAAUGGGUGGGGCGUAUUACUGUGUGCCGCGAUUACUGGAAGUGACCACCGCCCCAGUGAUUGGGAAAUUACUGGUGGAGGGAAAUAAUAAUAAUAAUAAUACUAAUAAUAAUAAUACUAAUACUACACCGCCGGUGAUGGCGGGGAAUCUUUACAAUUCCGCCUGUUAUUGGAAUAGAGGAAUGUUCUUUGAUGGACCUGUGGGAUUUUGGGUGGCGGCCUUUGUACUCUCCAAGAUUCCAGAAAUGAUGGAUACUGUAUUUCUUGUUUUGCAGAAGAAACCGGUGAUCUUUCUGCAUUGGUAUCAUCAUGCUACUGUGAUGCUUUUCUGUUGGCAUGGAUAUGCAUAUACAAUAUCUAGUGGACUUUGGUUUGCCACUAUGAAUUACUUUGUACAUUCUAUUAUGUAUUUCUAUUACUUUGUCUGUGCCUGUGGAUUCCGUAAAGUUAUUCGCCCCAUUGCCCCGUUAAUUACAGCCUUACAGAUUUUACAAAUGGUGGUGGGGACCUUAAUUGUUACCUAUACAUAUACUGUGAAGAAUAUAUUGGGAAUGAAGUGUGAUGUGAAUGGGUCUAGUCUUCGUUUGGGUUUGUUGAUGUAUGUGAGUUACUUGAUUCUCUUCUCUCAACUGUUCCACCGCAGUUAUCUUUCCCAAGCUGGGAAACAAGCCUCAAAGUUAACAAAUGGGGCGAAGAAGGUGAAGUAA